AUGACAAAUUAAGAUCAAAUUGGAUUUAUAUUAUCAAAAGAUAAAGAAUGGUAAAAAUUAGUGGAAAAGUGUAUGAGCUUAGAUAAAAAUAUAAAAAACAUGCAAACAAGACUUACAUUUAAUAUAGGAUAGAUGAAUAAAGAAAUAGGUAAUCGGCAUAUAAUACCUGUAUUUUAAGUGGAAGAAGAAUAAACUAAAGAUGACAGUCCUUUACCAUAAUAAGAUGAAUCUCCUAUAAAGAAACCUAUAAAUUUAAUUAAACAAGCACAAGUAUUAGCUCCAGUGUAUUCAACUAUGAGCGAAAGAUUUCAAAUAUGUAAAUUUUUAGGAAAAGGAAAAUUUAGUGAAGUUUAUUAAGUUUAAGAUAUAUAAUCAAAAAUAAUUGUUGCAUUAAAAGUAAUUCCAAAAGCACAAUAUAAAAAUAUGGAAUGGAAAAAUAGCUGGCAAAUGAAAUAAAAUAUAAAGAUAUUUAGAUCAUCCAAAUAUUCUAAAACUCUAUGGAUAUUUUUAAGAAUGGCCAAAAGUAGUUUUAAUUUUAGAAUAUGCAACAGAUGGUGA